GAUGUACAGUUAGACUUUUGUGACUGUAUACUAUAUACCGUGUCACUCGCAGACUUGCAGUACAUAACACACUUCUGCAUUAUACAAUGUCAGCUCUGAAACCCUCCAACCCCGACGUCGCCGGCGAAACUUCCGCCAUGAUCCGACCCGAACCGUUCGAGUCCGACGACGAUUUCGCAUUCCGUCUCCAACUCCUCGAAGCAAUGACCGCUUCUAUGAGCUUUCAACCUUCAUCAUCAACUCAAUCAUCAUCAAACGCCGCCGUUUCAAGCUCCUCCCAAACCCUAGCUCUCCACCAGGAGAUUCUCGACCUCAAUCUCGCCCAUCAGGAGGCGAAAAAAUCGCUGGACGAUUACAACCGUUGGAUUGACGAUCGCAAGCUUGCUGAACAGCUUCAAAACCAGUCGGAGGGCGAGUGGGAUGAUUUGGAGAGCUUUUCGGAAAUCGGAGAGUCAUCGGAGGGAGGUAGAGAUGAGAUUUUUAGAGUUUAUUUCAAGGGAUUGCUUGCAAAUGAUGAGAAUUAUGAUUCAAAAGGGAAGAGUUGUGUUUCGAAAGGGAAGAAUUGUGUUUUGAAACCAAAGGUUGCGGGAAUUGGAGUGGCGAUUUGUGAUGAGAGUGAUAGAUUGUUGUUAGAGAUUAGUAAGCCGGAGAAAGUGAUGGAGGGAGAGUGGAUGAAUAAUCGUGUUGUGGCUGCGAGAGCUUUGAUUGAAGGACUGAGUGCUGCGCUUAAUCUCGGUUUGAAGAAUGUUGUGUUUUUCUGCGAUUACUUUGCGUUACACCAGAUGGUUACCGGACGAUGGUCAGCGAAGCAAGAUAAAUUGGCAGUCCUACUUAACAAAGUUAAGAGUUUACGAAAGAGAUUCACUACCUGCAGGCCAUCUUUUGUGGCCCGAAAUGAAGUCAAGUUUGCGUUUAAACUUGCUAGAGAGGCUAUAGUUUCUCUAACGACCAAGCAUGCAGAGUCAAGUGGUGCAAAACUCGAGUCUUGUUCUAUCUGUUUGGAAGAUGUAGAGAUAUGUCAGAUUUUUUCGGUAGAUGGUUGUAUGCACCGCUAUUGCUUUUCUUGCAUGAAACAACAUGUGGAGGUGAAGUUGCUCAAUGCGAUACAGCCCAAGUGCCCUCAUGAUGGCUGCGCCUCUGUAUUGACACUUGAUAGCUGUCAGAAAUUCUUGACACCAAAAUUGGCUAAGAUUAUGAGUGAACGCUUGGCAGAAGAGGCAAUUCCUGUGACAGAGAAAAUAUAUUGCCCGUAUCCUAGAUGCUCUGCAUUGAUGUCAAGAACUGACAGUUUAGAAUAUACUAAAACUCUAUACCCUUAUGUCCAAGAUAGUGGAGUAAGGAAAUGCAUGCAAUGUCAUCGUCUAUUCUGUGCCAAUUGCAAGGUUCCUUGGCAUAACAACAUGAGUUGUUAUGUGUUUAAGAAAAACAAUUUCAAUCAACAUGGAGAAGAUGUAAAACUGAAGACCCUUGCAGCGCAAAAUCUAUGGCGUCAAUGUGUGAAGUGCAGUCAUAUGAUUGAACUAGCGAAAGGCUGCUACCACAUGACAUGCAGAUGUGGGUAUGAGUUCUGUUACACUUGUGGAUCUGAGUGGAAAAAUAAGAGAGCUACUUGUACCUGUCCACUAUGGGAUGAUGAUAAUAUUAUGGAUGAUGACUUUGACGAUGACUAUGAUGCUUUUGAGGAGGUUGACUUCUUUGAUUCAGAUGAUGAAGAUGAUUACUUUUGAGUUCUUGUGUAAAAUAUGACCAUCACUUGCAUUUUGUAAAUCUCAUUAGAUGGUGGAUAACCUCUAUUCUAGUGUAUUAAUGGCCUCCUGAGAUCCCUUGGGUAAUUGCUGGCGCCAGAGGUACACCAUGAUGGAAUUAUGGGCCCAGUUGUAGUUUUAAUGUUCGGAUUAUUUCAACAUUUUUGUUUAUAAAACUGUUAAAUUCCAAUUCUUGUUCUUCCUAAUUUAGAAAUGACAUCUCAACUGCAGUCAUGUAUUGUAGAACUGUUUUAUUGAGAUGAAACUGUCUAUGCUUUAGGUGCCUAUGGUGGAUACACCUAUGCUUUAGGUGCCUGUGGUUUUGUUA